GCCACGUCAACAGGCCACGUCAGCAGGACACGUCAGCAUUACCACGUCAGCAGCAAGGGAUACCACAUCAACAGGUACCGGUCUGGCCUAUGUUGUUGCGUUCACAGACAGCAGUCAUAGACCAGAAGGCCAGGGAAACAGACGAGGCCUAUCAGGCCUGCAUGUUAGCCUGGAGUACCGAGACAAAGAAGCGAGCAGAUGACGCUGCCGCAACAGCCAAAAAAAGGGCAGAGGAUGCCGAGCAGGCACGUCUGCUGGCCGUGCAACAACAGCGCCAGCACGACGAGGCAGCAGCAAGGGUUGCUGAUGAAGAAAGAACACAGCGUCGUGAGAAGAUAUUCACCGGAGAGUGGGCGUUACUUACCAUGGCAGCAGAAUGGCGAAGCGAGGCCGGGAACAGCCAGUUGGAGGACAACACAAACAAGAUAGCGCUCCUCCUCUCACAUCUCACGGAUCUCCUUGCAACCUGCAUUACACAGCAGGUAGAGAUCCUUGGUCUCGACAACUCGGUAGCCAACCUCCAAGACCGCCUUCAGCGGGUGGAGCAUCGGCCAGUCGCCGCCGCCAACGCAGGCUCUUCCAACACUGCCGACCGCCUCACCGCAUUGGAGAUGCACGUCGGCUCCCUCCAGGAUGGCGCACAGUUACAGCAGACCGAGACGCAACAAUUGCAGCAGCGGAUCUGCACUACCGCCUCCACCUCGAGUCCGGAGCCGUGCGAGACAACUCCUAAGUUCGAUGGGCAGGAGAUCUUCCACGACUCAAUCAAGACAGAUCCAAUUCCAUGGUUUCGCAAGUUCGAGCUCACGCUCCAGCUCCACAACGUCAAGGAAAACAAGCACCACGCUUACUUGUACUCUCACUCAGGGGGCGCGUGUCAGGCGUGGUUGGACAACUUGUUGUCCAAGUACGGAGUGGUAGCGGCGGACUUGCACACCAUGAUCAGCUGGGAUGAUCUGAAGGCGGCGUGGCACAAGCGGUUCCAGGUGGAGCCGCCAGAGAUCAAAGCCAUGGACAAGCUCAUGGUCUUCGAACAAGGCACGCUGCCGAGUACGGACUGGAUCGCCGAGUACCAACGCUUGACGUCAGUCCCAGACAUCCAGAUGGGCUUCAAGGUCAUCCGCCACUACUUCAUCUCAAGGUCAUGUCCGACAUUGAGCAAUGCCUUGACGCAUGUCGAGGACACCUUGACGACAACGGCGGAACUAUUCGACAAGGCUGCGCAUAUCAUCGUUACGAACAAGGAGGCCAAGAACCUCCGUUCUUCUGCGUCAGGCCCGAGCGGGAACCAGCAUUGGCCACGAGUGGCCGUGGUCGCAGCGGCAGCGCCGUUAGACCAAACCAGCGAGGCUGUGUCUGCCAGUGAAGGAGACAGAUUCGCAGCCGCCCGGGAAGGUGGCCGCGCCGGCAGAGGCCGAGGGCGCGGCAAGCCGACGACACACACCGUUUCUAGCCCCGGGCCUGGUACAGCAGCUCAGACAGGCCCAUGGAACCUGUAUGGCCUCUCCGAGUCCGCAUACAAGGCGCGCGAGAGAUUCCAUUAUUGCUUGUGGUGCAACAACGAUCUUCAUCUGACGCCGGUUUGCCCGCUGAAGGGCAAGGGUCGAUAGGGAAACUGAGCACCGCCGAGAGUGAUGCGACGACACUCUCGACGCCUUCGGAACU